UUUUCAUUCACUCGGAGUGCAGGGACAAGGGUUUUUCAUUCACUCGGAAAACCUCUUCAACCGGGUAUCGAAGUUCAAACUGAUAGCUUGUUUGCUGUAAGCUGUAACUCUGGGAGGCCGGAAGCUACCGGCACAGCACCGUUCUUCCUAUCUCUCCUGACAUGUUUAACAAACACUGAUAACGACUGAUAACGACCAUAGAGAUCGUUCCUACUCGACGGAGAAGUUUCUUGUGCGUCAUCUUGCCGGAACUAUUCGAAAAGCCGGGCUUGGCUUGAUUUUGCCUUUGUAUUUGGUGGUUGAGCUGGGGGUGAGAUACAUAGAGCGAGAAUUCAGGUUUUGGACAUGGGAGUGCUUGCUCCCAUUUCUCAUUGGAUCCCUGAAGAUGAUCUAUUGUUGAAGAAUGCUGUCGAGGCCGGUGCUUCUUUAGAAUCACUUGCUAAAGGUGCAGUGCGAUUCUCCCGCAGAUUUACUAUUCGAGAACUGCAAGAUCGGUGGUACUCUCUUCUCUAUGAUGCAGAUAUUGCAGCUGAAGCUUCUGCUCGCAUGGUUGAGUUUGAACUCUCUGUCGAAAAUCUUUCAUCAAAAUCUAACAGAUCUGGCAAUAUCAAAGGAAAUCAAUGUGCUCCUGGGAAAAGAAAAACUGAAAGUAUUCGUAGUCAUUACUAUGCGAUGAGAAAGAGAAUUUGCAAUGAACCUUGUAACUCUGUGGACACGAAUUUUUUGGUUGCACCCAAUGUUCAUGCUGGUAAUGGAGGUGGGUGUCAAGAGCAGUUAACACUUCCUAGUGAGCCUCCAUUUGGAAAUUGCAUGCUUGGAAAUCCCAUCUCAAAUCAUCUUGGCCUUCAGGAAACAGACUUUGAUAUUGUAUGCCAUGCUUUUCCACAAAUUGUGGGGGAUAGCACUGAUGUUGCUGGCUACGUUGAGGGUACUGCCCAUGUAUUUCAUAGUGGGAAUGCUGAUGCAUUUGACAAUCAUCCGGAUUUAUAUGGUGGAGCAGUGAGGAAUGGAAAAGGGCAUUCAUUUGAGCAUGAUGAUGUACAUAGAGAUAUUCCUCAUAUUCUUGGUGAGAAUCCUUCCGUCUUUGGGAAUUGCACAGGUCCCCAGGAAGUAGGGCCAUCCCAAGAACCACCAGUGAACAACCUUUUUGAAACUGAAAAUAUAGAGGGAAAACCUUCAUCAACUUUUGGUUCAGUUAAUACUAACCCUAGAAGUGUUUGCUCUGGAUUUGGACAUAGUCAAGGCUUCAGUUCUCCAGUUCCAGAUUGUGGUGCUGCAUUUCAGCAGUUGGGAUGUUCAUCUCCACUAGCCAGGAUGCCCAUCUGGGAAACAAUUCAGGAUGCUCCUACAUCAGCUGUGCCAAUUGAUGUGAGUCUUGGAGACAAAGAUCAGGUUACAGGAGACACAUUGACAUGCCCUGAUAAUGCUGGUGCUGCUAAAGUAAGCACAUUGGGAUAUGAGGUCAAAUCAGAGCCUAAGUUGGAAGAAAUUGCAUGUGCAGAUGUGUUGCCUACUAAAACUACUAUUUUAGAUGGUGAUUUUAUGGACCUUUCAGAUUCUCUUUUGAACUUUGGAAAUGAUGAAGAGCUCCUCUUCAUUGAUGCAGAUGGAAAAGACAUAAUGGAUACCUCUUGUCUUGAUGGCCUUGACUCAAUUUUGUUAAGUUCUCCUAGUGAUAUUCAUCAAGGUCAUAUGCCUAGUAUAACUGAGCCCAAAGCAUCUGUUUUGCCAGAUACGUGCUUGUCAACUGCUGAGGGUGGUUGUCCUGGAGAAUCAUCUGAUAUUGGUUAUGCAUUGCAUCCUGGCUCUGUUAGUGGGCACAAGUUAUGUGAAUUUGAGAGCACCAUGCCAACCUCAACACCAGUAGAAAAUAUUGAUUCCCUUGAACUUCAUAAUGGGGUUAUUUGCUGCAGGCUGAACAUGGAAGACCCUGAAAUCCCAUGCAAUGAUGACAUUUUUAUACCUAAUCAAAUGGAGUCUUUAUCUGCUUCCUCUGAAAUGCAGCAUGAAUAUAAAGGUUCUAAAAAUCCAAGUUCUGCCAAGGACUUGUCUGAUAAUAGAAAGGCUAGUGAACAAGGACUACGCUUUAUAAAGGAAGAAGAAGGUGAAAUCCCUGCUCGACCUCUUCAAGCCCCUAGAAUGGAGUUGGAGGUGUUGCCAGACAGAGGUCCGGGUCAUCCUGUUUCUUGUUGUGGGGUCAAAUCUGAGUUGCAUGAGAGUGGUUCUCUUGGUAUGGCCUUCAGGCAUGUGGGCACUGUUUGUGGGGACCCAAGCCAAUGCAGACCACUGCCAGAUUCUGUCCAGGCUAGGUCACUGAAGGAAGUGAUCACAAAAGCUGAAAUUGGAAAACAUCAUGAUUUUAAUAGUUUAGUUGAUCCUUUUCUGGAGAAACAAGUGCAUGCUUCUGAUCACACUAAAAGCUGCCCCCGAAACAUUGUUAGGGGAUGUAAAGUGGAAGAAGAUGUGCCAAUUGCCAUUGCUGCUCAAAAGAAUUUGUCAUCAAAUGCAGAACCUUGUUCGGUAGAAAUGGCUUCUUCAAAACCAGAUAUAAACCCUUUGACAUCAGAUCAGGAAGAGCAGCUCUCUGAAAGCGAUGGUGAUGUACCUUAUUUUUCUGAUGUUGAAGCUAUGAUACUUGAUAUGGAUUUGGGUCCAGAUGAUCAAGAUUCAUAUUUCAGCAGGGAAGUCUCUAGAUAUCAGUGUGAGGAUGCUAAGAGAGCAAUCAUAAGGCUGGAACUGGGUUUCCAGUCCUACAUGGAAAGAGAUAUUAUCUCCCAUGGAGCAUUUGCUGUUUUGUAUGGCCGCCAUUUAAAGCAUUAUAUCAGGAAACCUGAGGUUUUACUUGGAAGAGCAACAGAUGAUAUUAAUGUUGACAUUGACCUUGGAAGAGAGGGGCGUGCUAAUAAAAUUUCUCGGCGUCAGGCAAUAAUAAAGAUGGAUGAAGAUGGAGUAUUCUUUAUGAAGAAUCUUGGCAAGUCUUCAAUCUUAGUCAAUGGCAAGGAGGUAGCAACUGCACAGUGUACAAGUCUCGGUUCAAGUAGUUUGAUUGAGAUACGAGGAAUGAGGCUCAUGUUUGAGACAAGUCAGAGUAGUAUGAGGCAAUAUCUGACGAACAUUUCCAGAAAGAAGUGCCAAGACAAGAACACAAAAUUCCAAUGGUCCCCUGAGGCUGAGGAGGUCCUGUAGAUUGGGUAAGCAAUUGUUAGAGCCUGUUGUACUGGUUUACCAUUAGGGACAUAAGAGCCUGCUCCUCCCACUUAUAUUAUGUAUAUUCUAUUUUCUAAUGUAUGAUAACCCAUCUGCUUUUCUUAAGUAAAAGCACAUCUUGAAUUAAAUACACCAUUAUCAAGGAGAGAUGAAUUCAUGUCUUCCCAAUACCAGGUAGAUGGGAAAUGAAUUAGAUUGGCUAGUGGUUAAAUGUGUUAACUUGGCCAAGCCAAAGAUAUGGGAUUUUAGUAUUCCGUA